AUGUACUGUGAGGGUAGCUGUGGAGGGGAGGAGGGGAGGAAAGAGAUCGUGAAUGUAGAUGAGAAGAAUCAGGUGUUGAUCACAAAUGCUUGGCUGCAGAUGUACUGGUUUGAUGUUUACUUGUCUUGGGAUCAGUAUGAAUACCCAGGGGUGCUGAACUUGAGAUUUCCAGCUGACCAGAUCUGGGUACCAGACAUUCUUCUGUAUAACAGUGCGGAUGAAAGAUUUGAUGCGACAUUUCACACAAAUGUGCUGGUGAAUUACUCUGGAUCCUGCCAAUAUAUUCCUCCAGGCAUUUUGAAGAGCACGUGUUACAUUGAUGUCCGCUGGUUCCCCUUUGAUGUGCAGAAGUGUGAUUUGAAGUUUGGCUCCUGGACUCACAGUGGCUGGUUGAUUGACCUGCAGAUGCUCGAGGCUGAUAUUUCCAACUACAUCUCAAAUGGAGAAUGGGAUUUAGUAGGUGUCCCAGGAAAGAGGAAUGAAAUGUACUAUGAAUGCUGUAAAGAGCCAUACCCAGACGUGACAUACACCAUCACCAUGCGCCGACGCACCCUCUACUAUGGCUUGAACCUACUCAUUCCCUGUGUUCUCAUAUCUGGCUUGGCACUGCUUGUUUUCCUUUUGCCAGCUGAUUCAGGGGAGAAGAUUUCUUUAGGUAUCACUGUCCUGCUUUCCCUGACUGUAUUCAUGCUUCUUGUGGCUGAGAUCAUGCCUGCAACUUCUGACUCAGUGCCACUAAUAGCUCAGUAUUUUGCUAGCAUCAUGGUCAUCGUUGGUCUGUCUGUGGUGGUAACAGUACUGGUUCUGCAGUUUCACCAUCAUGACCCACAAGCAGGAAAGAUGCCCAAAUGGAUACAAAAAGUCACACUCAACUGGCUCUGUGCUUGGACUUCGAGAAUGAAAAAGCCCGGGGAAAAUAUAAAGCCUCUCUCUUGCAAAUAUAGCUAUCCCAAGCACCAUGUGAGUGUAAACCGCAUGGAGAUGAAUGUCCUUCCUGGGCACCAGUCCAGCAAUGGCAACAUGAUCUAUAACUACAUCGCGAUGGAAGGUCGGUGCUGCCCCCAGAAGAAUGAUCCAGGUAGCAAGAGCGGAAAGAUUACUUGCUCCUUACCAGAAGAUACUGAGCUUGUUCAAAAGAAAGGUUUAAUGGAUACCAUUCCGGUGAUUGUGAAGAUCCUGGAGGAAGUUCAGUUCAUAGCAAUGCGCUUCAGGAAACAAGAUGAGGGUGAAGAGAUCUGCAGUGAGUGGAAGUUUGCAGCUGCUGUCAUAGACAGAUUAUGCCUGGUUGCAUUUACCCUUUUUGCCAUCAUUUGCACAUUUACAAUACUCAUGUCUGCUCCAAAUUUUAUAGAAGCUGUUUCAAAGGAUUUUGCAUAAGGAUUUCAAAGAUGAGACAGAUAAUUAAAAAGUAAAUAUUACCACUAAUUCUGCUAGAUAAUUUAAGUCAAAUAGAGAAGUGUACUUAUAUGUGCUAACACACACAGAAGGGGAUAAAAAUAAUUUCAGGAAGUAGUUACUCCUGAUGUUAGUGAUUGUAGUUACUGAAUAGUAAACAUAUUGAGCUGUUACUUAUUUCAUAGACAAGUUCCAC